GACCAGCAAGCAGGGAGAGGCAAGGACGAGAAGAAGUCAGCGGACGAACCCAAGAGAGUGGUCAAGGUGGUGAGGGUCAUCCGACGAGUCGUCCAGAAAGUGGUCACCUCCGAUGCGGACAAAACAUCCUCGAAGGAUGUCCUCAAGUUCUUCAGUCAUGCAUCCAAGCUCCACCCUGUAUCGGUAACCGACGACGAGAACAAGAAUUUUCCAGUCACGGAGAAGCUAUGGAAAUUUAACAAGAUGGAGGCAGAGAAGAUCUAUCUAUUCAAGCAGCUCCUAUCAAAACCCUGGAAAGCGAACCAGGAGCACCUUCGCCAAUUCAGGGAGGAGCUAUUGUACGACCCUAAACGGCGCCCUCACAUGGUCAUCGCCUCACAGAAGAAUACAAACGCCGACAGUGUAUUGCGAUUUUAUAUCACUUCAAAAACCCAGAGACACGAAUUCAACAACGGCACGCACUUCCUCAUGAACGAGUCUGUUUAUAAUUCCUUUCCACAUAAUUCACCUUUCCGACAUAAAAGAUUCAAAAAGUGCAGCUUGGUUGGAAACAGCGGAUCAUUACUAAAUAAUUCAUGCGGCGAAGAAAUCGACGACGCAGACUUCGUUUUCAGGUGUAACGCGGCUCCGUUGAGAAACCACAGCGAAGAUGCCGGAUUUAAAAGCAACUUCACAACAUUUAAUCCAAGUAUUUUCCUUAAAAGAUUUGGUGGCCUUGCUAGCGAUCGCAACCUCUCCCAUUUCCUUCAUCAUAUGAAGGAAUAUUCAGGGUAUCUCUGGUUCCCGUGUUUAAGCAGUCACAGGUACACGGACCUGUGCCUCAACGCCUCUUUCUUCUACAACAACACGGAGAACCAGUUCGUGGUCGGCCACCCGGAACAUUUCAAAGCCAUCUGGCAGUUCUGGAAGGACAGGAACGUCACCAAGAUUAUAUCAACAGGGUUCUACGUGACCAACUUCGCUUUGACAGUGUGUGACGAGUUGCAUCUCUACGGCUUCUGGCCGUUCCCGACGGAGUUCCAGUCCGAGGCCAUGCGCACCGUACCCUACCAUUACUUCGACGAGGAGCACUUCAGCACCUCGCACGCCAUGGGCGACGAAUUCAUGAACCUCCUGCAACUGCACGAGCUAGGCAUUCUCAGGCUUCACACUAAUAGCUGUGUGAGGUGAUCGAUAGAUUACCCCACCCCCUCCCUACCCUUCUCUCCUCCCGGCCGCGUUAUUUUCUUUCCCACGAGAGUUCCGGACCUUGACUGAUACGUUAUACGUCAUUAGCAGUUUAGACUUUGAUUAUUUAUUGCUUUGCCUCACUAUUUAUAAAGGCAACAAAUAGAACUGAAUGGAUAUUGAGAUUUGAACCCACAAGUCCAACGUUGUAUUACGCUGUCCUUACCGAUUGAGGUAACGAUGGGUUUUGCUAGCUAACCAGACUCUUCUGAUUGGCUCUAUGCAAAUGAGUUCAUACCAGGGUCCGGAACUGUCGUGGGGACAAAAGGCCGCUCCCCGGCCAGCUUUCGCCUUAUCACCUAUGGCUAGUAUACAAUGCCACAAAGAUCGAUGUAAAGAAAAUUGAAUAUUUGAAUCAAUUUAUUAAAAAUAAAAAAAAAUGGCAAAAAUGGCAAAAAAUCGGUCAUCGUGCGAUCAAAGAUCAAACUCGGCAACCCAACCAUCAUUAUACUGUGACAGAUUUUAAUCAAAUUAAAGGAUGUUUGCUAGCUGCCAGGGUUACAUGCUUCGAUGGUUCAAAAGAGGGACGGCUGAAUUUGUUUUCUUAGGUCCGAUCCACCCCUAAGAUUUUUUUUUUUAAUCCCCAAAACAGAAAACAAAAAAAAAAGUUUUUUUAUACUUCCCAAAUUGAUUUUUUUGAAUAAAUAUAACAGAUCGAUUUUUGUUAUAUUCGUAGAUCAAACCUUAUGGCAAUGCUCGCUUCUGAAACUUCGUACCCAAUCAUAAAGAAGACGAAGAAGAAGAGAAGAAGAAGAACAUAACGAAGAAGUAUAAGAACAAGAACAUUUUACAAGAAGUAGAAGAAGGAGAAGAAAAAGAAGAAGAAUAGAAAUAAAUUAGAAUGAUAUGAACACAAUAAUACAAAUGCACGCUAUCAGUGGAUUGUUCUAUAAGCAAAGUAAUACAUCAAUGCUGCACAUGACUUGUAACGGCACAGUAACAUAAGUGAGGAAACCUUUAAAAAUAUUUAGUUUCUAUUGUUAUGUUGUAGUAGUGUGGUUUCAAUAUCACCGAUUUCAAGUAGUGAAGGGAGCCCUCUUGUGGGGGAAAACCGUUGACAGUUGACGUACUUUGGAUGAUACAAGUAAGCUGUAAUGAAUCCCCAGGUUCUUCAAGAGGCGACAUUUUUGUUCUUGAAGCCGAUCUUUGAUGGGUCAUUUAACCCUUUAACUACUGAAUUCUCUCAUUCCCAUAGAUUUAAUACAGGGACCACCCGGUUCCCAUAUACAAUGGGUUAAGAGUGAUGUCAUACAAAAAUAAUUUGGCCGUUCCAUGAGGUUGGGGCAAAACAAUACGACGAUGUCCAUGUAACGCUGGUAUGAGAUCUUCUACUACAAAUGGAAAAUGAAAUCAUCUGUUGAAUCUUAAGAAUCUACCUUACCAGAAUCAUUAAUCUUUCAGUUGCUUCUCGUCAAAAUAAUUGCUUAAAAAUGCGUUUUUGUUUUAUAUUUAUUUUAAAAAUAUUUUUUAUUACCAGCAUUACAUGGACAUUACAUUAAUAUAACAAUUCAUAAGCUUCAUUUAUGUCUAUAAUAUUGAUGCACCAUGAAGAUUGAGUUCUAAACAUAGUUGUAUAUAGUUUCUAAUUUGUUGUUCUUAAUUUGAGAUAACACUGUUACUGUUGAUAGAAGCCAUGGUUUCUCAAUUCUGGUGUGUCACGAAAAUUGCCCCAACCCCCAUAGAAUGACCCUUAGACAAAACUGCAAAUAUGAUAUUGAAUACCAUUACUGAUGCAAGCGGCUACAUACCCUAAGGCCUGGGGAGCGUUUCACAAAACUUGUCAUCAGUGACAAAUGACAGUAUUUGUUA